AUGGUUGCACUGCUCCCUCUACCUCCGACCGCUGUGCUCAAGCCUGAAAGAGACCCAGUCACGCCUGCGUCUCCUGGAGGUGGGGCCGGACAAGAGCCCUCUUCAGCUCCAACAGCUGAUGGCUCGUCCGGCGACGGCCACGUGACAGCACCGGCGCCGUCGCCCGGCGCAUCUCAGGGGGAGCAUCAAACGGACAGGGACACACCCUUUCAAGCCGGGGGUCAGCCUCAAGCUGCUGGCAAACGGAAUGUCGUCGAGAGGGGCGUAGAACCGUGUCCUCCGAGUCUAGCCGGGGGCUCCGAUCUAGCCGGUUGCGCACGUGCGCUGCGCCGCAGCUCGCGAUUGGGGGACGGAUUGGGGGUAGGUGGAGCUGUCCCGGCAGUUCGAAGAGGCGGGCCUCCAAGUACCCAAGAGAAGGAGACUCGCGUGCAGUGCGCCACCGGCGGCCAGCAUAGCGAGUCGGCAGCCCCAACAGGGAGCGGCAGUAUCCUCAACCGCUUCUCGAGAGGCGAGCGAAGCCGGAGGAUAUCCUCUGCUUCGAAGUUCGACGCUACAGGACUUGAAAGUGCCCGAAGAGGAGAGGAACAAAUCGAAAGCGAGGACGGUGUAGAAGGGGGAAGCGGCGACGAAGAUGGGAAGCAGGACAGUGGGGGUAAAGAAGCAGGGCAAGCUGGUCUGGCGUUGGGGGUGGUAAGAGGCCGGCAGGACGGACGCGUGAGGGCCGGGCAAGGCAGGCGGCCGGGCGGAAAGCAGGCUGGAGGAGCUCUGAGACCGCAAAAGACGGCUCAAGAUGACGGAAAGGCAGGGGAUAUUCAAUUCGUUCCAGGGAAGCGAGUCGCUCGUCACGAAGCGACUCUCGACUACGACACGGUCCUAGGGAGGCUGACACUUGUCAAACACUGGGAACAGCCUGAACGCCAAACGGACUCCGUGUCGCGAACUCGAUUGAGGAGCUUCUCGAACUGUGCGUUCGAAACUCUCCUCAUGGCGCCGCAAGAAGAAAGGCAGCAAGCCUUCGAGGAAAGGACAAUGGCCUUCGCGUGGGGGCAAGUUCCGGUGGGAACCUUGUAG